AUGGCAAGACAGUAUCCUCAACCUACACAAGAAACAGGGCAAAACGGGCAUAUCAAGCAUGCAGAGACCAAUGGUCAUGCCGCCGCCAAGCCGUUGCCGGAAAAGAGCCGAUUUGUGGCAAGAGUGUCUUCGUACCCGAUUGUGCAAGACGGUGUGGCUUAUUACCAGAGGACGUUGAUGGGAAGAAUUACCGCAUCAACCUGGACCACCUUGGAAAAGUACUCGUCAUAUCAGCCGAAAUCUUUUCAAGCAUACUAUGAAAACUACGUCGUGUCCCACCUUGACAAAGCCGAUCAGCUUGGGUGCCGAUCGUUGGAUCUAAUCCAAUCCAAAGUGCCAUUGAUCACUCAGCCCACAGCGGAGAUUGUCGAGGCCGUGAAACAACCUUCGUAUCAAUUGAUCGAAGGAGUCAAAGGCAGGCUUACUCUUAAUAAUGUCAGUCGCCCGGCUCAGACGGUGGCACGAGAAGCCAAUCAACGAUUGACGGUGCUCAUUGACAACUUGGAAGCCGUCAUGGACCGUUACCUUGAACCAUUGCCUUCCGACGCCGGUCAAGAAAAGGGGCCUGUCACCAAAGAAGAAGAUCCGCUGUUGCGGGCUUACAUCAUGUUUGGUCAAGCUUCUUCACGCCUUCGCCAACAGCUGACCCGUACCAUUGCGGAUUUACCUCGAACCCGUGAUGAUCUCAAACGAUUAGCUGAAACAUCAUCCAUUGUGCAAAGCGCGACGGCCAACCUUCAGCUCUUCCAAGAAAUGCUACGCCAUUCCAUCGUCAUCUACAGUCAAGCCGCCCAAGACCGGCUACCGCCUGCCGUAAAAGAACGCGUCCAAUACAUGCAUGCCAUCACCACGGAACGACUGCACCAACUUACACAACAGAUGGGCCAACUGGUGGACACAGUCAAGACACAAUCCACCGAAGUACCGGAACGGUUCAAAUUACAUUUACAGUCGCUGCUGGAUGUGGCCAACCAACAGCUGGAACUAGCACGCCAGGAAUAUGCUCGUGAAGACAUAUCAUCCUACCAUAAAGCCAAGAAUGUGGCGCAAAAUGUGCAGGAACAAGUGAUGCCCGUGCUUCAAACCAUCCAAGCCCAAAUUCAACAAUAUACCGAUUCCACCCGCCAGAAACUGCAAGCCGAUCUCGCUCUUUUGCGAUCGAAAAAGGUGGCCGACACCGACAGUGGCAACGACACCGAACCGGAAUCCAAGCACCAAGAUUUUCAAGGACAGCAGUAA